AUGGUUGAGCUACUAUGGAACUUUGUGGAGAUUUUAUUGGAGAAACUGGGAUUUGCAAGAGCUUGGAUCAGAUGGGUUAUGGCUUGUAUAAGUUCAGUCUCCUAUGCGGUUCUGCUCAACAGUCACUCUCACGGCUUCAUUAGACCAGAAAGAGGAAUAAGGCAGGGAGACCCGCUAUCUCCUUUCCUGUAUAUUCUCUGUACGGAAGCCUUAGUCAAUGUACUGAACCAAUCGAAAACACAAGGGAAACUACAUGGCAUUAAACUAUCCUCUAGUUGUCCAGCAGUUCACCACUUGUUGUUUGCUGAUGAUAGUCUUCGAAUGUGUGAUGCUACGGUCAGUGAGAGGGAAGAGAUCAAAAGCUGUCUCAAACUCUAUGGUGAUGCUUCCGGUCAGAAGAUUGAAAUUCAAGAAGCUUUAGGUAUCAUGAAGGAAGGCAGUGAAAGGACUUAUUUGGGGCUACCAGAAUGUUUCAAGGGAUCCAAGAAAGACCUUUUGAACUUCAUCAAAGAGAUGCUAGAAGGUAGACUUCAAGGCUGUAUACUACAUGGGAAAGAACUACUGAAGCAAGGAUUAUAUCGUGAUAUUGGGAAUGGAGUACAAUCCAAUGUGUGGGCGGAAAACUGGAUAAUUGAUGGGAUCCCUAGACCACCUAUGUACAGAGAGGAUAGAGAAGUGAACCUUGCGUUAGAGGAUUCAGUCAGCUGGGGUUUCACUAAAAACGCCCCUGACAACCGCGUUCUUCCCCCUUUGGAGAAGAAGUUAUGGAACAACAUCUGGAAGAUCAAAGCUCCUUCUAAGCUUAAGCAUUUCUUUUGGAGAUCUCUAUCGGGUGUUCUAGCGGUUAAAGAGAGACUGCAAACUAGAGGGAUCCAAAUUGAUGCGACUUGUCAAAGCUGUGGAGCAAGGGCCGAAUCCAUUUCCCAUGUCCUUUUCCCAUGUGACAAAGCGCGCCAGAUGUGGGAGCUUGCUAACAUACCCAUACCUCCAGCUGGGUUCUCUGUGAACUCUGUGUUCCUAAACAUCUUCCACCUAGUAGGGGUUAUGAACAAUAACAGCCUGGAGAUGAAUAUUAGACGGGCAGUUCCAUGGGUUAUGUGGCAGAUUUGGAAAGCUAGGAACUCUUUGGUUUUCAAGAACACAUCUUUGUCUCCCUGA